AGAGGAAUACCUGUAGCCACUGUAGCAAUUAAUAAUUCAACAAAUGCUGCAAUCUUGGCGGUUAGGCAACUUGGGGCAUUUAUUCCUGGGUAUUUAGAGAAAAUGCAAGAAUUUAUGGAAAAACAAGAGAAUGAAGUUUUGGUGAAAGUUGAUAAGUUAGAAGAAGUUGG